CUGUCAGCCGGCGGCCCGCAAGCCUUUAAUAAAUUGUUGCUGUAAACGUAACCAACAAAUUGGAAAAAGUAGUGCCUUGAGGAGCAACAAAUCAGUCAGUCUGUAGUUUAAAGUCAAAAGUGUUGGUUUAUUAUCAACAGGCAUAAAAACACGAUUAGAUUUUCGUUUCGAAAGGCUUAACAAUAACAACAACAAUAUGAAUUCCGUUUUGAUAACGGGCUGUAAUCGCGGAUUGGGCUUGGGACUUGUAAAGGCAUUCAUGCGUCUGCCAGAACCACCGCAGCAUCUUUUUACGACUUGCCGCAAUGUGGAACAAGCAACAGAGCUAACGGAAUUGGCUAAGCAGCACCCAAACAUUCACAUCUUGCAAAUUGAUUUAAAAAACUACGAUGGUUAUGAGCAGCUUGUGGAGCAAAUUAGCGCUACUACCAAGGAUGCAGGACUGAAUCUGCUAUUUAACAAUGCAGGCAUCUCUCCCAAGUCUGUGCGUUUGGGCGCCACCAAAUUGCAGGAUCUGCAGCACACGCUUGAAACUAAUACCGUGGCACCCAUAAUGCUGGCCAAGGCGUGUCUGCCGCUGCUCAAGAAGGCCGCUCUGGCCAAUGAGCAACAAUGCAUGGGAGUGAAACGUGCGGCUAUUAUCAACAUGAGCUCCAUAUUAGGUUCCAUUGAGGCGAAUGUGGAGGGUGCUAUGUAUGCCUACCGUGCCUCCAAAGCAGCAUUAAACGCCGCCACAAAAUCAAUGAGCAUUGAUUUGCGUGAGCAAAAGAUUAUGUGUGUGAGCUUGCAUCCUGGCUGGGUACGCACCGAUAUGGGUGGAAAUAAUGCACCGUUGGAUGUGCCCACAAGCACCACUCAAAUUGUGGAUACAGUCUGCAAAAUGGGAGCAUCACAUAACGGUGGUUUCUAUCAAUACGAUGGUAAGCAGUUGCCUUGGUAAACAUGAAAUGUAUUUCUUUGUAUAAUAUAAAUUUUAUUAUUGUUGCUGGUGCUUAAAUAAACCAA